AUGGGCACGUCCGGCAAGAAGGCGGCGCGGGCUCUCCUCAACGGGGAAGCAUAUCAACGACGACCGGAGCAGGUGCUCCUCGUCCUCCAUGACGCGCUCCCGCAAACUCUGGUUGCGUUCCCGGUCCCUCCCCAUGCGCGGGCCUCGACGACGCUUCCUAUACGGCUGCGUUGCCGAGCUCUGGCGCAGGCGCGGACGCGGACGCGGACGCCGCCAAGCUGCUGGGCAAGAAGUGAUGAGGAGUUUAGGAUUCGUGUUGCUGUUGGUGGCAGCGGCAGCAUUGAUCAAGCCGUCAGUAGUAGGGGGCGGCGGAGGAGGACUCGGAGCGUUUCUCGUUGCAGUGGUGGCAGCAUGCUUGUCUUCCAUCACCACUUCUGA